AGUGAUUACGACAAAUGAGUUCUGAGCACUUGACUCACUUUAAACGGUGCAAACUUUUCGCCGAAACAUUUUCAACGGUUGAUAUAUAAUACACAUUUUUCAUUUGAUUAGAUUCAGAUCAUGUUAAGCAAGUAGUAAAAUUUUAUGGGUGCAUUAUUAUUGUUAUUCUUCAUGUUUUGAGUUUAAUCUCUUCAAAUUCUUUAGCUUCAUUUUUUUUUGUGUGUGUGUUGGGUUGUGGAAGAUCUCACACGGCAUGUGCCUGCUUUUCUUGUGCCGUGUUCUUGUUAUUUAUGAAAGUUGAGCCUCCACUACAAAUAACUCAGAGAAUCAAAGGUGAAAUCAAACAUGUUUUUGGUUGAGAGUAAAGCGGUUGCUAUACUGUGCAUGCUGGCGUCACUUUUAUUUUUGGGAACAUGGCCAGCAAUUCUGACCCUCUUAGAGAGGAGGGGGAGGCUUCCUCAGCAUACCUAUCUUGAUUACUCCAUUACAAACUUCCUGGCAGCUGUUCUCAUAGCUGUCACAUUUGGCCAGAUUGGUGGAAGCACACCAAGCAUGCCCAAUUUCUUUACCCAGCUUACCCAGGAUACAUGGCCGUGUGUUUUGAUGGCAAUGGGCGGUGGAUUGUUCUUAAGCUUUGGCAAUGUUUCGAUACAAUAUGCCUGGGCAUUUGUUGGGCUCUCAGUUGCCCAAGUGGUUACAUCUAGCAUUGCUGUUGUAAUAGGCACAACUUUGAAUUAUUUCUUGGAUGACAAAAUAAACAAAGCGAGCCUUUUAUUCCCUGGGGUAGCAUGCUUUCUCACAGCAGUAUUGCUUGGGUCUGCUGUGCACUCCGCUAAUGCCGCUGAUAAUGUGGCUAAGCUUCGCAGCUUCCACGAUAAUCUAAAAGAAACGGAAAAAGUGCCGGAGAUCUCAACUGACCAAGCAGCACCUUCUGCAAAAGAUAUCAUGGAGAACGUGGAUGUUGAGAAUGUCUGUGCAGAGGAAGCUAAGAAGGCUGGAACAGCUGAUUUUAUAAUUGCAGUUGAAAACCAAAGAGCUAUUAAGGUGGUUGGAGAAAGCAAACUGGUUGGCAUGAGCAUAACUCUUUUUGCUGGGAUAUGCUUUGCUCUCUUCUCACCGGCAUUUAAUCUCGCAACAAAUGAUCAAUGGCACUUAAUGAAGCAAGGGGUCCCUCAUUUGGUUAUAUAUACUGCUUUCUUUUACUUCUCGCUGGCCUUUGUUGUGAUGGCGGUCAUUUUAAAUGUCACUUUCUUGUACUAUCCUCUCCUAAACUUGCCAAAAUCAUCCAUUAAGGAGUACCUUAGAGAUGGAAAUGGACGAAUAUGGGCUGUUGCAGCCGGUUUGCUGUGUGGCUUUGGAAAUGGUCUUCAGUUCAUUGGGGGCCAGGCUGCUGGCUAUGCAGCUGCAGAUGCAGUUCAGGCACUCCCCUUAGUGAGCACCUUUUGGGGCAUACUCUUUUUUGGGGAGUAUAGAAGAUCAUCCAAAAAGACAUAUUUGCUACUUGUGUGUAUGCUCCUUAUGUUUAGUGUGGCUGUGGCAUUGCUGCUUGCUUCGGCUGGCACACGAAAAGUAGCAGGCGAAGGUGCCAAGAUCAGUAGUAUGCAACACCAAAGGAGACAACCGAUGGAGAAUUAUACUCAUGGUACUUUUGAUUUCUAGGUGGUUUCUCUGAUCUAGCUGUGUUCCUCAUGAAGUGUUUGCUUUCUUUUCUUGGUAUUCGGCGAAAGCAUACAAAAAUAAGAAGAUUGUAUUCUAAGUGUAUUAACUCUAGGUAUGAUGGAGGCAAUGAGGUUUGCAAGUAAAUGGAAUAUUGUUGAUUAGAGUCUUUGAUUUAAAAAUAAGGCAAAGAGUGAUAUUCUGAGAUGCUUGAAUUUGUAAUUGGCGGUGGCAGCUUCAGGUUUGAGCAAGCCGCCUGAUACUAAACUACUAAAGUAUGAAAGUUGAGUACUACAUCAAGAUUCAUUGAUAUUGAUA